AUGGAUAGUAUUCUUGUAUUAACAUCUACAGUUCUAAUUGUGGAGCAGAUAAGGAUCUUGGUGAGGACGGGAUAUGAGGCUACUGGACUUAUCUUUUCUCUUCCUCUUAUAAAUAAGAAGUCACAUCUUGUUCGACAUCAGAAAAUUCACACUGGAGAGAAGCCAUUUUCAUGUCCUGAAUGUGAGAAGUGUUUUAGUCAUAAAACAGGUCUUGUUCAACAUCAGAAAAUUCACACAGGAGAGAAGCCAUUUUCUUGUCCUGAAUGUGACAAGUGUUUUAGUCAUAAAUCAGAUCUUGUUAAACAUCAAAGAAUUCACACAGGAGAGAAGCCAUUUAUAUGUACAGAAUGUGAUAAUUGUUUUAGUAAGAAGUCACAUCUUGUUCGACAUCAGAGAAUUCACAUAGGAGAGAAGCCAUACUCAUGUCCUGAAUGUGAGAAGAGUUUUAGUCUGAAAGCAUAUCUUGUAAAUCAUCAGAGAAAUCACACAGGAGAGAAACCAUUUUCAUGCCUAGAAUGUGAUAAGUUGUUUCGUCAGAAAUCACAUCUUGUUCAACAUCAGAAAAUUCACACUGGAGAGAAGCCUUUUUUAUGUCCUGAAUGCGAGAAGAGUUUUAGUCAUAAAUCAGGUCUUGUUCAACAUCAAAAAAUUCACACAGGAGAGAAGCCUUUUUCUUGUCCUGAAUGUGAGAAGUGCUUUAGUCAUAAAUCACAACUUGAUGGACAUCAAAGAAUUCACACAGGAGAGAAGCCAUAUUCAUGUACUGAAUGUGAAAAGUGUUUUAGUCAGAAGUCAGUUCUUGCUGAACAUCACAGAAUUCACACAGGAGAGAAGCCAUUUACAUGUACAGAUUGUGGGAAAGGAUUUAGAAAAAAAUCAAAUAUUUUAAAACAUUUAAAAAUUCACACGAAGAAGAAAUUAUCAAGAGGAAAGAGGAGAAAAGAAGAUAUCCAUCCCAGAAGAAAAAGCUGUAGAAAUCUGCAAGAAAUGAUGGAUAGUAUUCUUGUAUUAACAUCUACAGUUCUAAUUGUGGAGCAGAUAAGGAUCUUGGUGAGGAUAGGAUAUGAGGCUACUGGACUUAUCUUUUCUCUUCCUCUUAUAAAAAAAGAAAAUCUUGUUGAACAUCUAAGAAUUCACACAGGAGAGAAGCCAUUUUCUUGUCCUGAAUGUGAGAAGUGCUUUAGUCAUAAAUUACAAUUUGAUGGACAUCAAAGAAUUCACACUGGAGAGAAGCCAUUUUCUUGCCUAGAAUGUGAUAAGUGUUUUUGUGAGAAAUCACAUCUUGUUCAACAUCAGAAAAUUCACAUAGGAGAGAAGUCAUUUUCUUGUCCUGAAUGUGAGAAGUGCUUUAGUCAUAAAUCACAACUUGAUGGACAUCAAAGAAUUUACACAGGAGAGAAGCCAUUUUCUUGUCCUGAAUGUGAGCAGUGCUUUAGUCAAAAAUCAUAUUUUGAUACACAUCAGAGAAUUCACACAGGAGAGAAGCCAUAUUCUUGUACUGAAUGUAUGAAAUGUUUUAGUCAGAAAUCAAAUCUUGUUCAACAUCAUAAAACUCACACAGAAGAGAAGCCAUAUUCAUGUACUGAAUGUGAGAAGUGUUUUAGUCAGAAGUCAAUUCUUGCUGAACAUCAGAGAAUUCACACAGGAGAGAAGCCAUUUACAUGUACAGAAUUUGGGAAAGGAUUUAGAAGAAAAUCAAGCAUUUUAAAACAUUUAAAAAUUCACACGAAGAAGUAA